CGAAAGGCCAUGAUGACGCAACAUCCUGUCAUCUGUACUUUUUACAUCCGGAAGGUGGGGCUUUUGUUGCAGGAACGGUUUGCUUUUGGAGAACCAAUGCCCCGAAAUGCUCUAUUAAUGCCAAGAUAGCGUCAACCGAGGGCAGAAAUAUAAAUCCUGCUUUGCUCGGGUCAUUGUCUGUGUGCAGAGGAAGUGUAUGAGUGGGUGUGUGUGCGCAUGUGUGUGAAAGAGACACAAAGAAGAAACCAGUGAUGGCCACCGGUAAAGGUAAAAACCAGAGCUCUCUGGCGCUGCACAAGGUGAUCAUGGUGGGGAGCGGAGGCGUGGGGAAGUCGGCCCUCACCCUGCAGUUCAUGUAUGAUGAGUUUGUCGAGGACUACGAGCCAACCAAGGCAGACAGCUACAGGAAGAAGGUGGUCCUGGAUGGGGAGGAGGUCCAGAUUGAUAUUCUGGACACAGCCGGCCAGGAGGACUACGCUGCCAUCAGGGACAACUAUUUCCGCAGCGGGGAGGGCUUCCUGCUGGUCUUCUCCAUCACAGAGCAGGAGUCCUUCAGUGCCACGGUCGAGUUCAGGGAGCAGAUCUUGCGGGUGAAGGCGGAGGAGGACAAGAUCCCUCUUCUUGUGGUGGGGAACAAGUCCGACCUGGAGGAGCGAAGGCAGGUAUCAGUGGACGAGGCCAGGGGGAAGGCCGAGGAGUGGGGCGUCCAGUACGUCGAGACAUCAGCCAAAACCAGAGCCAACGUCGACAAGGUGUUCUUUGACCUGAUGCGUGAAGUACGAGGCAAGAAAAUGUCGGAAAACAAAGACAAAAACGGCAAAGGAAAGAACAAGAAGAACAAGAAGAGCUUCAAGGAGAGAUGCUGUUUACUCUGAUCUCCUCACGGACCUGAACUACCCACAAUGCACCUGUUCAGUUGGGAAACUAAGCAGAGCGUCCUUGCCAUUGUCAAUGAAAUAAAAUUUGAUCUUUUUUAAUAGCUGGUUUUAGUUAAGUGAUUAGUACAAUCUCAACAUUUUUAAUUAAUGGUAUCUGAGUCGCUAUUUCAUUGAGAGAUAACCACUGUUGUGACUCAGACCGCAGAGCUCGAUAGGCUCGGAGAAAGCCAACGACCAAACUGCCACUGACACUAACUCUGCUGCUCGAGACAUUCUCCACUGUUAAACUCAGCGAUUAUACUGCCUUUGACUUUGGCUCAGUGUACACCACAGUUGUUGAGUCUUUGUGACGUAAACAGUGCUCUUAAUUGCUUUACCUGACCCUAACAUUUAGCUGAAUAUUUCUUAGUCUGUUAGUAUAGACCCCUUGAAUCUAUGUCCAUCGAUUAACAAAACAACUCUAAUGCUGCUGUCUGUCUUAUGUUUGCUCCUUUAUGAUGACACUUAAUGUGUAUUGAACAUGUUGGCCUCAUUCAUUUAUCUGUCCAGAUAUUAACAACUUCAGAGCAUGUUUGGAAUAGCUUUUGAAACUGGAAGCUUCAAAUGUUUUCAUUGUUUAGCCCUCAAGGCUGCUCUUUUCCUUCCUUUUUUUUGUAGUUCAUCCAAGAAUCACUUAUUUUCUGACUGGGAGAAUUUGGAAAAUCAAAGGAAUUAUUGCCAAACAGGUUUUUUUAUUUUAUUCCACUGUUACCAGGCUUCAGAUGUUCAGGCUAAAAUCUUUGGUGACUGUAAAUCACAAGAAAAAAACAAAAAAUUGUGGUGAGGUAAAUUAUCACUUUGGGCUCACUGAGCUUCAUGUAGAUAUUUUAACAUUUGUAAAAAAAAAAAAAUGUUGAGGCUGUGAAAAUAAGGUUGUAAUGCAGCUACUGGUAUGUUUUUGUUGUCCAUUAAUCGGGCCUCCCCCCCCCUUCUCACAGUGCAGAUUAUUCCCUGUUUUACACACGGCUGUAUUCUAAACUGUGAGACAGGUGCUGACAAUCCAGGAGGCCUUCAUGCUUCUGGUCUACGAUGGCAUUAUAAUCAUCAAAGUUUCAUUUCUCUUAAGAUUUAUUCUUUUAAUUCGUUGGUCUUUUUAAAAACAUGCACUACAUUGCCAAUACCUAAGAAGUGAACUUCAUGCUGAACGGAGUCACGCUGGAGAAUUCUUAAACAGUUGGUUCCAACAAAAUCACAAAAAAAUCAAACUAUGUUUGUGGUGGAUGUACAGUAUGUAUGUUAAUUAACUGAGUGUGCAUUAACCAGAAUCCUACAUCAUUUCUGUUUCUGUGUGAGAGAAUUUUAACUGUUGUUUAAUCAAGUGCUAAAGUGAACAAGAUGUUCCUACCACUGCCUAAACCAUUCUUUGUAACAUGGCCUCCCUUUCUCUUUGACUUCCUACUGCUGUGAGUAUGCUUUUAUCUCCCUGCAGCGAGAGUGUUUCCGAAUAAAUGCUUUUUUUCUUUGUAA